GGGGAGCUGAUGCCGGGGGUGUGGGAUACAGGAGGGUGUGCACCACCCGGCCGGGGUGGUGGGGCGGAUAGGUGUGUGCGGCUGCCCGUCUGGCGUUGUGAUGUGGUGUGGUGUGAUGUGGCGGCAGGGAAGCGGUCUUGCUUCACUGGGAUUCCAAGAGGAGCGAGAGGGUGAGUGGAUAGGGGCGCGGUAUGCCGGCGGUGGCUGGGGGUGCCUGGCGAGGCGGGCGCUACCGCACGUGAACCAUGUGUCUUCUUGCUCACGAGCAGCUUUAGGCAGCAGCAGCAGCUGCAGCAGCAGGGGGUGCUGCCCCUGCUUCUCCCCGCGGCCUGCCCCCACACUGGACACGUUCCUGGGCUCCUGCUAGCCGCGCAGCAGGGUAGACGCUUUGACCUAUCACCCUUUUGACCUAUCACCCUUUUGACCUAUCGAUCUAUACUGCCGCCCGGCGGCAAUGUGCGGCGGCGUACUGCUAUGUGUACUGCUUGCUGCUGUUGUACUUGUUAGGGUGGCGGGGGUUGUUGCUGAGGAUUAUGGCAUUCUUUCCAGUAGUAGUUAUGGAGGUGGCAUGUAUGGGGGUGGUUUGCGGUGUUGUGACUGCGGGUCCCUCCCGGGGCUGUACUGGUUGCGGGAAGUAGUGCAUUGCGGCCGUACAUGGGGUAGUACCGGUAUGCGGUACCAGAAGGCAACAAGUGUGAUUUGUGAUGCAGAACUAUUACAGGCGGCUGUGACAUGCUUGGACUCGCAUAUGCACCGAUAUGGUGGCCUAAUGGAGGUGGCUGAGAGGGAGGGCAGUUGGCGGCGGUCGUUGGGCUGGACAUGACUGCAAAGAGGCGGGGAGGAGAGGUGGAAUGUCUGUAAACCAUUUUUGUACGAUAUGACAGUAUGACGCAGUACAUCAUCAGGGGUCUCUCUUGUGCGUGCUGUUCUGGAGGCUGUUGCCUUCAAGGGAAGAGCAGUGAAGGCCCCGGUUGUAUUAUAGGAGAUACCGUACUUGUUGCCUGACAUAACCGCUGCAUGGGUAGCUACAGUUCGGCUGACGGGCUGUAAACGUCGUGAUGCACGGUUGUUAGAGGAAGGGGAUAGCACGGAAGUAUGGAUAGCACACAGGAGAGCCGCGUGUCGUGCUGCCAUGCAAUCUAUGCUGAUCCGCAGUACUACAUCCGUACAAGCUAGAUAUAGCUCGAUGCUAUAUCAUACUUUUAUGUUCACUUCGAAAUCUAAUUUCUGCUACCAACUGGUCUUUACUUGUUUGGUGCAUCUUUAUUAAAACGUCGGUCCUUCACAAGCACCGAGACAUCAACCGUAAGGAGCUCCUCCACUACAUCGCAUGGCGGCAUAAUGGGAACGAAAAGGCGCCGUCUGAACGACGAAAAUCCUGAUGCUGAGGAGGGAGCAGUCGAAGCUCCUCCUGCAAGCGAAAGCCAGGCGGCUGCUGCCGGCGCUGGCGGCGGUGAUGAGGGCGACGCGGACGAAGGUGGAUUCAACAGGCGGCGAAAUAGGUCGCUGGUGAAUCCAGAGACAGCUACGUACCUUGAGGAGGUCGUGGCGCACUUCAAAACGUUGGUCGAUGACGAGGAGCGCUCCCUGCUUGUUGGGAACGUCUUGGAGGAGAUUGCGGGAAAGGAGGUCAAAGUAGCUGGAGAUCCCGUUUGCAGCCGACAUGUGGAAACGUUGAUGGCGGCAGCGCAGGCGCCGCAACUGCUGAAAUUUUUGACAUCUGUCUCGGAUGUCGAUGGCUUCUUCUCGCUUGUCAGCAGCCCCUUCGGCUCACACGCGGUGGAGAAACUGCUUGUAAGGCUCGAGUCGCAAGUCAACGCCAUGUCGCAGGACGAGUACGACGAGUUCCAGAGGAUGCUGGGCCUCCUAACAGACAGCAUCUGCCCCCACCUGUACGACUAUGUGACUGAUCGCUACGCCACACACGUAGUACGGCGACUGCUGUGCCUGCUUGCGGGUUGCAACGUGCUACCGCCCAAGAAACAGCAGCAGCAACAGCAACUGCCAGGGUUAGAGAACAAGCGCAGCAAGGCUCGGGGGCCUCCCUCCGGCCUCGCAGCACGCCUCGGACCCUCAUCCGGCGGCUCCGCAGCUGAGCAGCACAGAAAAGGCUCCUCAUCAUCAUCAGCAGCAGCGGCCAUGGCCGCCGAGCUGCUGGGAGGAGGAGGAGGUGCUUCCGACGAGUCCGCAGCCGCUGUCGCCACCCCGCCUGCCCGCUUCCCGGACCUCAUCCUUCGCUUUGUGGGUGUGCUGUGCAGCGACGAGUAUGUGGGUGCCACGGUGGGGGAGCUGGUGUACCACCCGUACGCCUGCCCCUUCCUGCAGGCGCUGCUCAGGGCGGCGGCAGGGUGUGACAAGAAGACGCUGCGCCAGCUGGCUCCGGUGCUGUUGGGCGCCAGCAGCUUCAACGACGGCGCGCGAGUGGGUGCGGGUGCGCUGCUGGAGGGGUGUCGGGAGGAGGAGGUGGCGGCGCUGCUGAGCGACCCCACCACCAGCCACCUGGUGGAGGUGAUGCUGCAGGUCCUGCCCCGCCCGCUGGUGGAGGAGCUCUUCCGCCGCUUCAUGGCCCCCCGCAUCCCCGACCUGGCACACCACCCCAGCGCCAACUUUGUACUGCAGGCGGCCAUUGCGGCGGCGGGAUCCAAGGAAAUGGCCCGCACCCUGUACGAGGCGCUCUGCCCGCUGCUGCCCGACCUGCUGCGCAAGCGGCGCAGUGGGGUGGUGGCUGCGCUGGCCGCCUGCUGCGGGCGACACGGAGUGGGGCAGCGAGAGGUGUGUACGGCGCUGGCGGGGGCGCUCAGCGGCCUGCCGCAGUGGGCGCAUCUGAAGGGCGACGCCGCCCUAGCUCCCGCGCUGCUCUGCCUCGACUCCGCCCCCGUAGUCGGCUUCAACGAGCCCUUCCCCGCCGCCGCCCCCGGCGAGUCCGCCGGCCCGCCUCCCCGCCUCUCCUCCGUGGGCUGCAGCAUCCUGAUCCAGCUGCUGCGCUACGGACAGGGCGCCUGCCGCGCCUUCACGGACAGUGUGGUGGCGCUGCAGCCGCACGACGCGGCGCGGGUGGGCGCGGACCCCUCGGGCAGCAGGGUGCUGGAGGCGCUGCUGGAGGGGAACGCGCCGGCCAAGGUGAAGUCGCAGCUGCUGGGUCGGCUGGCGGGUCACUGGGAGGCGGUAGCGGGCACGGGUGCGGGCAGCUUCCUGGUGGAGGCGGCCUACCGCGGGGGGGAGCUGGGCGUGAAGGAGGCGAUCGUGGCGCGGCUGGCGGGGGCGCAGAAGGCGCUGGAGGUGACGCACUGGGGGCCGGCGCUGCUGAGGACGGUGGGUGCCGAGACGUACAGCCGAGACCCCGAACAGUGGCGCCGACACUCCGCCUCCGCCUCCAAGACGCUGGAGCAGUUUACCAAGCUGUUCGGGGGAGGAGGUGGCGGUGGGGAUGGGGGAGCAGGAGGAGAGGGGAAGGGGAAGGCGGAGGGAGGCAAGAAGAAGGGGGGCAAGGAGAAGGGCGUGGGCGCGUUGAGCACUGGGGUGAAGCAAGAGAUGAAGGUGGAGGAGGUGGCAGCUGCUGCUGCGGAGGAGGUUGACGUGAAGAAGAAAAAGCAGAAGCGGAAGGUGGAAGAGGCAGCUGGUGCGGAGGAGGUAGACGUCAAGGAGAAGAAGAAGAAGAAGCGGAAGGAGGAGAAGGCGGGUGUGAAGCGGCGAUUGGAGGAGGAAGGGGAGGGGCAGUAGUCGUCUCAGGCCCUCCUGGCCGCUCUUGGCGCACAACCGAGUGUUGAACGAAUGGGUCGGGCGGUAUCUAGCAGCCUCUAGCAGCAGCAGGACAGCGCAAGCACUGUCACAAUAGACAUGAAGACUUGGUUUCGCACCGCUUGUAUGUGUUAUACAAAUGCAUGGCCUUGUCUUGCGUUGACCUCGACAGACCUCACGGCAGGAUGAUAGUUUAGCCUCACCCAGACUUUCUACUUUGACAAGGACGGGAGCCCGCUCAAGACACCGUAUCGUCCGGGUCGUCCACGGUUCAUUUGCAUCCACCGUUCCGC